ACGUCUCUCCGAGGUUAUGUUGUGUUAAUGCAGGUGGAGACUACGCUGAUCAUCAUAAUCACUCGAAAAUAGUAGUGAACAGCCAUCGAUUGUCAACCCCAGGGUUUUUAACUCUCGAUUCAAAACAUUCGACCUAAAAUCAUGAUCAGCUGAAUCUCCUCAUCACGAAGUGUUGAGUGAAAUCGUCGGGGAGUACGUGACUCCGCGGAGGCUCUGCUCCGAAUUGCCCCGCUGUUUUUGGUUAUGUAAUUCCAUAACGAGUUUACUGUGCUGUAAUAAUUAACAAAUACGGGAACGACGAGUCAGAAUGUCACUGAAAUUUUCACGUCUUAUUUGCGGAGCCUGAGACCAUGAUGAGGGACACAGAUGACCCAAUUUUGAAUUCGAAACAUGUUCGUAAUUUAUAGUAUUCCGUGAUUAUUACCUCAGAAUGUGGGAGAAGAGAUAAUGAGUUGAGAAAACAUGUGAGAGUUGAUCAUUAUUAGAGAUAAACCACUGGACACAACAAUGUCCACCCCCCCAACCUGGUCGAGAACGGAGUACUCUCCAGUUCCCUCGGUCUCCGCCGCCGACCUGGAAGUGGAGCACCCGAAUGCACGAGCCCAAGAAGUAACAAUAGGCACCCUCCUAAAAUUGACAUCAAACGACACCCGUGAAUUCAUCUGCGGCUGGGGCGCAGCUGUGAUAAACGUAACCGUGACGUACCCCAUAAACAAGAUAAUAUUCCGUCAGAUUCUGGAGGCAGUUCCCGCGACAACAGCAGUGAGACAAUUGUCGCGCGAGGGAUUGGGUCUGUUGUACCGAGGAAUUCUCCCUCCCCUGUGUCAAAAGACUCUCUCCCUGUCAAUAAUGUUCUCAGUGUACGAGGGAAGUAGAACGAGACUGACAAUUCUCACUCAUCACCCUGUUUUUUCGAAAAUCAUCGCUGCCAACUUCGCCGGCGGGGUUGAGGCCAUUCUCAUGCCCCUGGAGAGAGUGCAGACCCUCCUCCAGGACUGGAGGUAUCACAAUAAGUUUAAGAAUACUCCUGACGCAUUCAAGUACCUUCUCAGUCAUCACGGAGUCACCGAGUGCUACAGGGGACUAGUUCCCAUAAUAAUGAGAAAUGGCUUAUCCAAUCUCACUUUUUUCACACUGAGGGAUCAGUCGAAGGAGAUCCUCGGUGAUGAGCGAACUUUAUUCUCUAACUUCGUGACUGGAGCCCUCAUCGGAGGCUUCACGAGCACUUUAUUCUACCCCAUGAAUGUCAUUAAGAUUCACAUGCAGUCGAAAAUCGGGGGGGACUUUGAGAAAUUGAGUGUUUCGCUGAGGGACGUUUGGAUCAGCAGGAAUAGGAGCGUUAGGAGCUUUUAUCAGGGGGUGCAUUUGAAUUAUAUGAGGUCUUUCAUCAGCUGGGGCGUCAUCAAUGCUGCCUAUGAUUUUUUGAAGACCAUUGUUUUUUAAUUAGGGGUUCUGUGGGAAGUGGUGGGGGGACAUGGGAAGAGGAAGGGUGGGUUAUUCACGAGAGUUUAUCUCGUAAAUAUUUGUUGAGAGGGGCAUGAGACACUUUUUGACGUGAAUAGGUCUAUGGUUUCAAUAUGGGGGGGUCAUUUUGGGAAACUGUUCUUAUGUGCAGCACCAUCUGUCGGAAUUCUAGAAAAUUCUAGACAUUUCGGGAUAAAUCGAAACGUUUCUUGAAAUUUCGAACAAAUUCAA